AUGAAACAAACGCUUCGUCAAAAGCUUAAAAAUUAUUUUCUUCUUGGUUUUAUCCUAUUCGCAGCAACGAGUGAUAAAGUACUCCAACCACUUAUUAAUAAUAUUCAGGACCUCGAACGUGGAUACGAAUUGAAAAUCGGUAAUAAAACUAUGUGGGUUACUGGUGGAUUAGGUGUCAUUACUAGAGACUUACCGGAAGGUAAUGAACAGGCGGGAGUAAAGAAUCACAAUACACAUCAUGGAUGCUGUAACUGUAUGAUUCAUCAUAGUGAAUUGGAUAAUGUUAGUUUUGAUACUGCGAGACAUAGUCGUUACUAUCACAAAACUAUAUUGCAAUUUUCUACCAUAAGGAGAGUUCAGACUCAAGCACAACGUGAUGCACUUGCUAUGCAAUACGGUAUACGAGAAAAACCCCCUGUCUUUGAUAGCGUUAUGCGUGAUCAUCAUCUUCAAUGUUCGCAUGAUGCUUUUCAUUGCAUGGGUGUCUUGCCAAAGAAAUGCUUCAAUCAACAUUUGAAAUCUUAUCCUCAAAAGGAGAGACUGAAUUUUUGA